AUGACACAAAAAUCACAAAAUGUUUUCCUUCACUGCUCAACACUUCUUGAGUUUCAUCAUUUCUUAGGUUUAGCAAUCGAUCCAAAUAAUCAGAACCAACUGUAUCUUGCUCAACAUUUUAUCAAUUAUUCUUCUUAUUUCUGCAGGGAUCUCGACAAUUUCAUUCAACAAUAUCAAACUUCUCCUAUUGAGAUGUUAUUUGAAGAAAAUGAGGAGAAAUUGUUGAUAUCAGAGGAAGGAGAAAAAGUUUUGAAAGAUUUUAAUGCUGAUACUUUUCAAGUUUUAAUUUCAUUCUUGCAAAAUUCACCAGAAGAAAGAGGAAAAAUGUAUAAGAAUUGUAUGAUGGGCCUUAAAAAGGGAGAUUAUUCUACUUUCAAAUUGGUUUUUGGAUAUUAUUUUGCAAGUAACCCUUAA